AUGCCAGCACGACUACGACUCCCGACCGUGGCCCUCGCCGCUGUCUCUAUCGGCCUCAACCUGGCUAUCAUGGGCUGCGCCGGCCGCACGCUGAGCCUCUUCCAAAACCAACGCUACACGAGCACAUACUUCAUGCCCGUCUGGUCGUCACAUUUCGAUACCAGCGAGCUGUCCGUCCUGAUCGGCACGUCUGCUGCUGUUCUGUUGCUCAACUUGGCGCUUGCUGCUGCACUCUUUGCUUCUUCUCUCCCAGCGAACCUCAUCGUCCUCGCCUCCAGCCUUCUCAGCACAAUAGUAUCGCUCAUCGCCAUCAUCUUCUCAAGCGUCGUCAACAACCGCUCCGGCUUCUCGAGCAAGGACACACUCCAGUCUUGGACUUGCCGCUGGAGGUCGCUACACAAUGCUGGUCUUGAGGCUGUGCCACAAGACUACGACACGCUAUGCCACGAGACACGCUUCGCUUUCUACACCACCAUUCCCAGCUUCAUCAUUCAACUCCUGCUAUUGAGCGUCGCUCUCUACGCCAUCAUAGCCGGAAAGAAGACCCGCGGCGUCAAGAUCGACGAGGAGAAGGACCACGAACUCGGCCGCGUUCACCACCAAUCGCUCGAGACCAAGACCGAUAGUCCAAGGAGCAUGCCAGAUAGCAUGAGGAUCAUGGGGACGAAGGAGUAG